UAUCUGUCGUCCUUCCAUUGUUUUCAUUGCUGCAUGUGGAGGGUUACUUGACCAUGUCUUCAUUUAAGCGAUCACUUAAUCGCAAAGCCUGUAAGGCUGUUGAGAAAAGGAUUCGCCUGGAUACUUUGAUGGUUCAGUUAGGCAGCGCUAACACGUUAGCUAAUGACUCUUCUAGUGACAUCGCUGAUGAUGCAGGUGGCAUUGUAGUUAAUGAGCAGGCCUGUGAUUUGAAUUCUUGCAACACUGGUCCUGAUGAUUGUGAAGGUGAAGAUCUUGAGAUUGUUGGUGAUGGUGACACCCCUGACAAUGUUCCUGGUGGCGACGCCCCUGAGAAUGUUCCUGAUGGUGACGUUUGUAAUUUGGGUGAUGGUAAUGGUGCUGAGCUCCCUGGUGAUGACGUCCAUGAGGGAAGUUCAACUGAUUCUGAAAAUGAUCGUGAGGAUGAUAUUGCUAGCGAUGAAGAUGUUAGGCCUGUGUUUCAGAAUGAACGAGAGAGAGAGCUGUUUGUCAUUGACUCAGUACGGGAAUGGGCUCAAGAGCCUGGUGUGUUGUCCAUGACUAAAUUAGAUCAUUUGCUUCACAGGCUGAGUGCAGUUUUUCCUAACAUGCCAUUGACUUACACUACAUUGUUUGCAUGUGAUUAUGAUUUUCAGAUUUCAGAGUUACCAUCAGGUGGUCUGUUUUGGUACAAAGGAAUUCGCACUAACCUUGAUUCCCUUUCACUUGGUGAAUAUCUUCUCAGAUAUAAGCAGGUCACUGUAGACAUUGGUAUUGAUGGGCUGCCAUUGAAAAAGAAAGGUGUUCCCUCUAAACUUUGGCCAAUUUUGGGCCAUCUCGUUGGUUCAAUCAAUGAACCAUUUAUUAUUGCUGUUUUCAAGGGGUCUCAUGAUCCUAAAAGUGUUGAAGAAUUUUUGGCUGACUAUGUUGCAGAAGUCCAAGAUUUGAUGUUAAAUGGUUACACUUUCCAAGGAAAAGUGUACAAGUUUGUUGUGCGAUUCUAUGUUUUAGAUGCUGUUGCUCGUCAGGCCAUUAAGCGUAUUGAAACUCACAAUGGUUAUGCUGCUUGUGAGAGUUGUGAGGUUUAUGGAGAGUACAUUGACAACAGGAUGGUCUUUCUAGAUCUUGAUGCUCCUCUUCGCUCUGACGAGUCCUUUCUCCACAGAAACCAGCCAAAACAUCACAAGGGAAUCUCACCCCUUGAGGCUUGUGGCACUGGCAUGGUGACUCAAUUUCGUCACGAUCCCAUGCAUCUUAUUUACGGAGGGGCAUUUAAACGGCUUCUUGACUUUUGGUUAAAUCAAGUUGGUGUUUGGAAGCUUCAUCAUGAGGUAGUUAACCUCAUCUCAAGUGUUUUUGAGUUCCUGAAGCCAUAUUGCCCCAGCGAUUUCAACAGGAAGCCACUCUCCUUGAAGUACUUCAGCAGUUACAAGUGUACAGAGUUCAGACGUAUCCUUCUUUACGAUGGAAUUCUUGCUUUCAAGGAUCUGGUUGACUCCAACAUCUACAAGCAUUUCCUUCUGCUUCAUUGUAGUGUUUACAUCAUGUGCAGUAGAGCUCUCUUUGCAGUUCAUCGUGAACUCGUGGUGGAACUUCUCAGAACAUUUAUUUCUCACUCUGCUGUUAUUUAUGGCAGGAAGUUUGUGGUGUAUAACAUCCAUUCAUUGUUUCACAUUGUUAAUGAACUUGAUGAGGACUUAACCUUGGAUGAUAUUAGUGCUUUCAAGUAUGAAAACAGGUUGAAGUCGAUUAAGGACGCUCUGAGGUCUGGUCUCCACCCAUUACAGCAGCUUGCUCGCAGAGAUAAAGAGAAGACUUCUAGUUCUGUUCUACUUCCAGCUAAACCAACUUGUGCAAAUGUUUCCCUCAAACACAGAGUUCUAAAUGAAGUUGUUGAUGGUCAACAGUAUAAGAAGCUGAAGGCAGGCAGCCUUAAGUUACGUUUAGGUAAAGCUGAUAGCUGCUUCCAAACCAAAGACGGCGACAUUGUUGUUCUUCAGAACAUAGUUUGUAGACAAAGAAGAGUGUACCUUGUUGGUUGUAAGUUUAGUAAACUUGAAGAUUACUAUGUGUAUCCCUUGCCUUCAUCCCAGCUAGGAAUUUAUCGUGUGUCUUUGCUUGAAAGAGAGAGGCGUGUUUAUCGCCUGUCUGACUUGCACAGCAAAUGUUAUCUUAUGCCUGAUGGGGAGUUUUUUGUGUGUGUGCCCAUCCUCCACUCAACCGAGUGGUUGUGAUGGGCAAUUUUCCUCUGCUGUAUUCUCCCAGUUUUAUCUCUUUUCAGUUUGUUG